CAGAAUGUGUGUCAGAGUGCACAACCCCAAAUCAGAAGAGGGAAUAGCCCACAUGGGCAAAGUGCGUAUAAUCCACAACAGUGACUUCUCCGCCAGACCAGUUUGGUUGCGAGUGUGAUCAUACUUAAUCUGCCACUUGCUGUUUCAAAUCCACGGCCACAAGCUGCGGUCGUCCCUGGCCCUGGGUAUCCCACUAACGUCAGACAGAGACCAUCUUCGAAUGCAGCCGCGUCGCGGGAACUAAAACGACAACGCUAUCCUGUGUUUGGCUACUCCGUGUGAGGAAGGCUAGGGCGGUACGGUCGCUCUUGUCACCCCUGGGGGUCUAACCGCGACCGGGGCAUCAUGUGGUGGGGCACUUGGUGGGUUCUUGGGGCUGUUGGCUCCGCGUUGCUGGCGGCGGCCGUGGUGUAUUACCUGACCGCCGGGCGACGCCACAAGGUGUUCGAUGAGGACUGCGUGAGACCGCCCGCAGCCCUGAUCACCGACACCAAGCAGAGGGACGAGAGGCUAAAGAAAGGCUUCCGGGCGGACCGCGUGCCCCCCGCUCUGGACGCGGUGGUGAUCGGCAGCGGGGUGGGGGGGCUCUCCGCCGCCGUCCUGCUGGCCAAGGCGGGGAAGAGGGUGCUGAUCCUGGAGCAGCACGACCAGGCCGGGGGCUGCACACACACCUUCCACAACAAGGGCUUCGAGUUCGACGUAGGGAUCCACUACCUGGGCCAGCUCCAUGAGAACAGCCUGCUGCGCGUGGCUCUGGACCAGCUCACCGAGGGCCAGCUGCACUUCUCCCGGCUGGAGGAGCACUUCGACACCGUGAUGCUGGGCGAGCCCCACCAGCGGAGAGAAUACCACAUCCAUUCAGGGAAGACACAGAUGAAGGACUGCUUGAAGAGGCAGUUCCCUGGCGAGGAGAAGGCGAUCGAUGAGUUCAUGAGGCUCAUGAAGCUGGCCUCGAAGCGCACGCCGCUCAUCGCCAUGCUGAAGAUGGUUCCCUAUUGGCUGGUCAGCUUCCUGGUGCGCACCGGCCUGCUGUACAGGUUGUCCUCCGUGUUCCGCCUGGCGACCACCGGCCACUCUGAGAUGAUGUCCCGCCUCACGCACAACAAGGACCUGCAGGCGCUGUCCGCCUACCUGUUCUACGGGGUCCCCCCGAAGGAGUCCAGCUUCCUCAUCAACGCUCUCCUGCUGCACCACUACAAGCGCGGCGCCUACUACCCAGUAGGGGGCGCCAGUGAGUUCGCCUUCCACAUGAUCCCGCUCAUCCAACGGUCGGGUGGCGCCGUGUUGGUCCGAGCAUCCGUCCAGCGCGUCCUCCUCGACCAGCGGGGCCGGGCAUAUGGUGUUACUGUGCUGAAGGGAGGAGAGGAGAUUGAGGUGCACGCCCCCGUGGUCAUCUCUAAUGCCGGCAUCUUCAACACCUUCCAGAAGUUCCUGCCCAAGCAGAUCCAGGACAAACCCGACAUCGAGGCCAUCGUGACACGCAUGCGCCACGGGAUGGGCUCCUUCCUGGUGUUCGUGGGCCUGGACGGAACCAAGGAGGAGCUGGGCCUCGUCUCCACCAACUUCUGGAUGUAUAAGGACAACGACCUGGACACCCUAAUGGAUCGUUAUUCGUCCCUCAGCAAAGACGAGGUGUUGGGCAACAUUCCAAUGAUGUUCAUUACGAGCCCUUCAUCCAAAGAUCCUACCAGCAAUGUGAAGCAACCAGGCAAGUCGUGCAUGACCCUGCUGACCAUGGCGCGCUACGAGUGGUUCGAGGAGUGGGAGGGGACCCGGCUGGGCAAGAGGGGGCAGGACUACCUGGACCUGAAGAACGGCAUGGCCCAGGAGCUGCUGGGCUGGGCGCUCACCGUCUUCCCCCAGCUCAAGGACAAGGUGGUGAUGAUUGACGCGGCCACGCCUCUGACCAACGUGCACUACCUGGGCGCCAUGCGGGGGGAGAUGUACGGCGCGGAGCACGACCUGCAGCGCUUCAGCCCGGAGACGGUUGCUAGGACACGGCCCCAGACCCCGGUGGAGGGGCUCUACCUGACAGGUCAAGACGUGUUCUGUAACGGCAUGGCGGGGGCUCUCCACGGGGGGCUACUCUGUGCGUCGGCCGUCCUCAACCAGACGCUCUACAUCGACCUGUUGGCCCUGAAGACACGCCUCAAAUACAAAAGCCGCCAUCGCAAGAAGUGCUAGCACUGAUGCUAGCUCAUCAGUGAUGUGCUAGCAUCCUCAGUGAUGCUCAAUCACUGCUAGUUCCGUGCUAGCCCUCAAUCGAACCGACAGGAAGUCUGAGAAGGAUGACAGGAAGUCAAGGGUUUGGCUAUCUGUACUGGGCCGUGGUUAGAAGCUUUAAUGAAAGUAACGUAGAGUCAAGGUUUACUCAGAAUGUAACUAUUUCCACUGCAGCCAAAGCAGUGAUUCUAAAUAGUUCUGAUGAAGGUGAAAGGAUGUGUUGAUGGUGUUUUUUCC